AGCGGCUGCCUUAAACUUCCGGUCGGUGCUUUUCAACAUGUGAGAUGGCUUCACCGAGUCCGGACUUAACUCUGAUCGGUUUGUGUGACGGACAGCUCGAUACUAAAAGACACCAGUCUACAUUUUUGACCAACAAAGUCGGGGGUCAGUCGGACGUCGUGCCGGUUGUGUCAAGGCAGUUUCCCCGAUGCAUUCGCUGUGGAGCUGCGUUGGCCCAUGUGGUUCAGGUGUACUGCCCCCUGGAGGCCUCGCCCUACCACAGAAACCUCCACCUGUACGCGUGUGUAGGUGCGGAGUGUAGCGGCAGGUCAGAGUGCUGGAGGGUACUUCGCUCUCAGUGUCUGGAGACGGAGGUAGCCCAGACCCCCAGUCAACCUGUCCCGGCUCAGGAGGCCCCUCUCUCGGCCACUGACUGGUGUGACACCGCUGAUGACUGGGGGAUGGAGGAGGAACAGGAGGAUGGAUGGGGAGGAGACGCCAAGAGUCAAAACACACCGCAACAGGAAGCUCCUGAGACAAAAGAAACCCAAGCAGCAGGUGAGAUGGAUGUGAGCAGCAGACUUCAGGACCUCCAUCUGGGAGGUGCACCUGAGGAUGCUCCUGUUUUUCAUCCCUUCUUCAUUAGUGUGGUGGAGGAGUCGGAUCUGGGAGGAGAGGAAGACGACCUGGCUCACGCUCAGGAUCUGCUGAGGGACUACGAGAGGAGAGAGGGGGUGGCAGUAGCAGAGCUGGAGGGCAGCGAGGGUGGAGGUGGUGGGGAGGAGAAGUAUGAAAAAACCAAAGCCAGACACGGAGACGCCAUCUUCUCCAGGUUCAUGAAGAUCAUCUCACUUUGUCCCCAACAAAUCCUGCGCUACUGCCGCGGCGGGAAGCCUCUUUUCAUCUCCGAGCCACCGUCCAACAUGGCUCACGUGGUCUCGUCGUGCAGCUCCUGUGGAGGCUCCAGGACGUUUGAGCUGCAGCUGAUGCCGGCUCUGGUCAGUCUGCUGCAGAGGGAGGGCGGCGGCAGCUCUGAGGCACAGCUGGAGUUUGGGACGGUGUUGGUUUACACCUGCACAAACAGCUGCUGGACAACUGGCUCAGCCUCAGCUGUGGACGAGUUCUGUUUUGUUCAGACAGACCCAGACCAGCAGCUUUUUAAAUGACCACAUCCUCAGUUCAUCCAAAAAAGAAGAUGUAAUAUAUACUCUACAGUCGGGUGAAAAAUUAAAGGAAAACUAAGUGUCUUAGGGUGGUGGUCCACGAAGUGCCACCAGAACUGUUUCAGUGCUGCUUCAUUCUACAAGUCUUAGCUUGUCUGUUACGAUGAUAAAAUGUUUGGAUGCUUUUAUGAAAUUAGAGCUACAGUAAAAAAGUAAGUAAAGUUGACACUUAUCCUGACUAUGGGAUGUAACAGUACUUCCAACAAAGUAAAGUGACUGAUUAAGGGAG